CCUCCUCUGAAGCCGCGCCACGUCCGCACGCGCUCGUUCGACCGCGCCGUUCGCAGCGAGGAGCGCCGCCUCGAUGUCCGCGCGGUGCGCGUCGCGCGUCGCCGCCGCGGUUUGCGCGUCGGCCACGGGGAAGUGGGUGUCCGCGCAGUCACCGACGCCGCGGAGCUCCGGGGCCGCCAGGUCUUUUGCAGCGUCGAGGCCCGCGUGGGCGUAGCGCCAGCGCGUCAGCCUAUCCAGGUCGUCCCGGUGGAUGCCCGACCGGGCCGUCUUGAAGAAGAUGGCCUCGAGGGGGCGCACGUCCUUGUGCUCGCCGGGGAAGUAGACGUCCCCGAGCUGCAGCUCCGUCGCGGCGCGGAGGUCGGCGCAGGUCUGGGCGGUCGCGUUGCCCGGCGGUUCCUGGAUGCGUGCUCCGCGGCCGCCGUGCGCGAGCAGGAACCCACCCAGGCUCAGCCCCGCGUCGAGGAUCGCGCGCGACAGCGGCAGCUCCCCGCCGUAGAUCGCGUCGCCCUUGGACGGCGCGCAGAAGCGGUCCAGGUCGAAGAAGGGCGCCGCGGCGCCGUCGAGCUCCCGCGCCCGCAGCGCCAGCAGCAUCGACUGGACGUGCGCGGACCGCGCGUUCCCGGCGUCGAGGUCCGCGCAGUGCACCGUCGUGCCGAGGAGCCCGAGGCCUUGGUCACCCGCGAGCGCGUCGCGGAAGACGCGCCACCAGGGCCGCGCCUCGUAGGCGGGCAGGAACGGCCCGCGCACGGACGCGUUGAGGAAGAUCGCGUAGGCAAACUCGACGCCGCGCUCCCGCGCCGCCCGCAGCCCCGCCGACCACGCCCCAAAGUCGAAGCACGUGUUCUCGCGCUCCACGACGAUGACGUUGUCGCCCGCGGGCCAGUCCACGCUGUGGCAGCCGUUCGCGACGAGGACGAAGACCACGUCCGGGCUCGCCGCGUCGACGCCGAAGCGGAGGAAGUAGCGCGCGUUCGCGGCGGCGUCCGCCGAGUGCUGCGAAUACGCGUAGACGACGAGCGUCUUCUCGCGCUUGAGCUGGAUGGGCCCCUCUCCGUCGACGGCGACGGCGACGCCGCGUGCUGCUCGCAGGAGUGCGAGGGUGAUGAGCUGCUUAAGCAUAGUGUUUACGCAUGCAUCUCCGUUGCGGCGCGGCUGCCCCCAUCAGUCGCGUACUAUUGCGAUACACAGUUCGCCUGCCGCCUGCACAGACGGGCUGCCCACGCACUGUGU